CAGCUCGCCCUGCUCCAGCAGUUGUUCCUGCAUGGCGUCAUUGCAACACCUGUUGCCAGCGGGCAGCAACAAAUCGUCAUUGGCUCUGAGGUCGCAGACACAGUCGCUCAGGAAGGGUCUCGACGUUUAAGUGGAAAGUUUCUACACAUUACUGACUUCCAUCCCGAUCAAUUCUACAAAACCCACUCCUCCACCGAAGAAGGCGUCGCGUGCCAUUCAGGCGAUGGACCCGCCGGCUACUAUGGCGCAGAAACGUCCGACUGCGAUACGCCAUCUUCCCUCGUAAACGCGACCUUUGACUGGAUCGCCGCGAAUGUUGCAGACGACGUCGAUUUCGUCAUAUGGACUGGCGACUCUGCGCGCCACGACAGCGAUGAGAGCAUUCCUCGUAGCCCGGGCCAGGUGCUCGGCACAAAUCGAUGGAUCGCCGACAAGUUUGCGGAAACGUUUGGCGACCCGAAGGACCCCACGAAAAUGGCAGUACCUGUAAUUCCAACUUUUGGAAAUAACGACAUCCUGCCGCACAACAUCCUCCUGCCAGGGCCCAAUAAGUGGUUAGGAUACUAUGCCGAGAUCUGGAAGCGCUUUAUCCCCGAGGAGCAGCGCCACUCUUUCGAGUUUGGCGGUUGGUUCUACACCGAGGUCAUUCCCAAGAAGCUCGCCGUAUUCAGUCUCAACACCUUGUACUUUUUCGACCGAAACGCUGGUGUCGACGAUUGUCAGCAGCCGUCCGAGCCAGGUUUUAAGCAAAUGGAAUGGCUUCGCGUGCAGCUGGAGUUCCUCCGCGAGCGCGGCAUGAAGGCCAUCCUCAUGGGCCACGUGCCCCCGGCCCGGACCGACAGCAAGAAGAAUUGGGAUGAAACCUGCUGGCAAAAGUACAACCUAUGGAUGCAGCAGUAUCGGGAUGUUGUCGUUGGUUCGCUUUAUGGUCACAUGAACAUUGAUCAUUUCAUUGUCCACGACACCAAGGAAAUCGACAUCAACAUUCUGGGUGGAUUUGCGGUAGAUGAUGACGUCGGCCGCGAAGCCUUCGAGGAUGAACUUGAAAUUCAGUCGGCACAGGACUACCUCACAGAGUUGCGGGAAGGCUGGGCGAAAUUGCCAGCCGUUAACGUGAAAGCUCUAGAGGAGGAAGACACUGUGGAAUCGGAUGCAAAGGGCAAGAAGGAUAAGAAGAAGAAAAAGAAGAAGCCAGGAAAGGAUUUGGGCGGCAAGUACGCAGAGCGGUACCACCUCUCCCUUGUCGGUCCCAGUAUCGUCCCCAACUACUUCCCCACACUCCGCAUCGUGGAGUACAAUAUUUCCGGCCUCGAGGAUGCCGCGGUUUGGACCGACUCGUUCACCGACGCCGUGCCUGCUCUAUCGCUCCCAUCAGACGACGACCCCGUUCACGAAGAAUUGAAGCGCGAAAUCGAUGCAGCCAAGAAGAAGAAGAAGGGCAACAAGGGCAAAAAGGGAAAGAAGCCAACAAAACCCAAGGAUCCCAACUUGGUCAUCCCGCAGCCGCCGCCCGCAGGCACCGGCCCCGGCCCGGCAUACGCACCUCAGCCCCUGACCUUCCUUGGAUACACCCAGUAUUUUGCGAACCUGACCUACCUCAACAACGACAUGACGCACGAGAGCAAGGACGCAUCUGGGAACAAGUGGCGCGACGGCAUCCACAAGGACAAGGAUCCCAAGUCCAAGAAGCCCAAGCCUCGCCCCUUUGCGUUCGAGGUUGAAUACAGCACCUUUACCGACAAGAUUUACAAGCUAUCGGACUUGACCGUCCGCAGUUACGUCAAGCUGGCAAACCGCAUCGCCAAGGAGAAUGCGAAAAAGGGCAAAGGCAAGGCCCUUACUGAGGACUUUGAAGACGAUGAUGAAGACGAAGAAGAAGAGUCGUUAGAUGAGAAGAAGGAGGGAAAGAAAGGCAAGAAGGGUAAGAAGGGAGGAAAGAAGAAGAAGAAGAAGCACAAUAAGGUGUGGCUGCAUUUCCUAAAGCACGCGUUCAUCAAGACGGUGCCGCAGAAGAAGCUCAAGAAGUUUUAG